AGAAGUUUAAGAGAAAAUACCCCAAAAAGCUACGAACAGAAGUGAAGAGAGCUCAGAAAUGAGGGUUCCUUUAAAGCUCUUCAGUUUUUCUUUUGGGGUUUUUUUCUUAACCUUUGCACAAGGUCAAGAAAAGAAAGAAUCUUGCACUACACCAAUCAUUAAAAACGGGAAUGUACACAGAGACAGCUCCAAAAAGGAAAUGAUCUAUUAUUCAUGCAAUCCGGGUUAUAAACCAUACUUUGGGAACUGGUGGGGAGCAGCAAUGUGCGCCAAUGGGAUCUGGAUAAAUGAGCCACGAUGCAUCAGGCUGGAUGAAUGCGGUGCUUUGCCCAGUAUUCCACAUGGACAGCUGAACAUCGAACAAUCUGUUGUAGAGAUUAAAUGUGAUCCAGGGUUUAAAUCAUCACACACAGUGAUCAUAUGCAUCAACGGCACAUGGCAGACACCAACCUGUGAAUUGGACGAGCAGAGUUGUGUAAGUCCCCCUAAAGUUGAUAAUGCACUCAUCAUCUCUAAACCUCAGACAUUGUAUUCAUCUGGAUCCUAUGUCAAUUACAAAUGUCUAACAAAUUUCACUAUGAGCGGGAAUAGUAAAGUUGAAUGCCACAAUGCAAACUGGGAGAAAGCACCCACAUGUGAAGCUUUCUGUUCAAAGCCUCUUCGGAUAGUGAACAAUGCUUUAUUGAUUGAUCAAAUCCAAAGUGAGAGAAAAUAUUCACAUGGAGACACAGCACACUAUGAGUGUGUUGAGGAUUAUGAAUCUAACAAACAGACGAUUGCUAAGUGUGAUGCACACACCUGGAUUUACCCAGAAUGCAUUAAAAAAGCUCAAUGUACCAAACCAACAAUACAUUUGCAGUUUGUGACCCUGAUAGAUGAGAAAAAUACAUUCAACAACUUUGAUGUUUUGACAUAUAAGUGUAAUAAACCAUAUGAUAAAAUACCAAACGGAACUUUGAUUUGUAAAGAUGGAAAAUGGAACAGCACGUUUGACUGCACAAGCAGCAUUUGUCCUCCACCACCUAUGAUUGAAGAUGGAGACUUUGACAUUGAGCGAAAGACAGGUGAAGUUAUCACAUUAGUAUCGUACUCUUGCCAGUCUUAUUUUGUUAUAAACAAGCACAACAGAUAUUACAGGUGUCUGGAUAGGAUAUGGGAGACCCCUCCAAAAUGUCUGAAGCCUUGCAAAAUUACACCUGACAUUUAUAAGGAGUACAAUAUAAAACCCUUCCUUGAUGACUACAUAAGGCACAGUGCUCAAGAAGUUAUGCUUGAUUGUAAUGAUGGAUGGAAUGUUGGAGGUUCUUUGAGACAAUCAUAUUCGAAAGCAUGGUGUACUGAUGGGGAGCUAAGAAUUGAAAAGAAAUACCUAAAGAUCUAUGAUGUAUUCAGAGAAAAUGAAGAUGGACAGACCACAAACAUUUAUGACCAACGUUGCUUCAGUCUAUGA